ACUCUCCAAAACAGAGACAGGAAAAAAAGGCAACAUCGCCUUACACGUGUUUUUCCAGAAGCAAGAGGAUGUCGAAGGAGAAAAAAGGGUUUGUGGGUGUCUCGGAAUGACCUUCCCCCUCCAGGACAAGGACGGCCGAAGAAGGGGAUCGGGUAGGCGUGUUGCCAGCCGCAGGCCCUCCAGAGUCUACUCCAGUCGAUGUUCGUCACCCUGUCAGUGAACUACUCGUCAACAUGGUUCGGAGCUUCGCACAGUGGACAAAGACCCUCAGCUUUCCGGCUAGGCUUUCGCCCUCAAAGGGCAACCCUCCGCAGGAUAAGGACAUCACGCCCGUAUCCAGCAAUCCUGACAUCUCUGAUAUUGAGAAGGAUAUUAUGAGCUCAGUUGUAUACUGCAUACAUCACAAAGAGGGCUGUAAAUGGCGUGAUCAGCUAAAAAAACUGAAGGCCCACUUGAACACAUGCAAAUAUGACACAAUGCCUUGUACAAAACUCUGUGGGGCGCAGAUACCAAAAGUUCUCAUGGAGGAUCACCUUCGUUACACUUGCCCAGCGAGAACAGAGCGAUGCGAGUUUUGCUCAACCGAGCUGUCAGGGCCGGCGCUAGAUGCUCACACGGGUACUUGCCCCAAGGAGCCUUUGUACUGUGAGAACAAGUGUGGUGCCAGACUCCAAAGAAGACAUUUAGCAAGACACAAGGCCGCUGAAUGCGUGAAGCGUCUCGUGCCUUGCAGACAUUGCGGUCAAAGCUUUGUUUCCGACACACUGACUGCACACCAGACCAAGUGCCUCCGGGUACCAGUACCUUGCCCAAACAGAUGUCCGAUGUCACCAUUGCCCCGUGAAGAAAUCGAAGCCCACCUGAAAGAACAGUGCACAUCUCCCCUCAUACCAUGUGCCUACAAAGACGCUGGAUGUAGAUUUAAGGGUUUAAGAGGUGUCAACAUGGACCGACAUCUAGAAGAGAACACUCAGCAGCAUCUGUCACUUAUGUGCAGUCUCGUCUCAAGGCAACAACACCAAAUUGCAAGUCUCAAGUCUGCUUUGUCACGCCUUUCAAUCAAUACGACGGGAACUCUAGUCUGGAAAGUUGUAGACUUCGCUUCUAAAAUGUCCGACGCCCAGAGCAAAGAGGGCAUUGAGCUGAUAUCUCCUUCCUGGUACACAUCCCAAUUCGGAUACAAGUUGCAAGCAUCGUUAUUCCUCAAUGGCAACGGCACCGGUGAAGGGACGCACUUAUCACUUUACAUCAAAUUGCUUCCAGGCGAAUACGAUGCAUUGCUCAAGUGGCCGUUCUCUCAUUCUGUUGCAUUCACCCUCUUUGACCAGAGCGAAAAAGCUUGCAAUAUUGUGGAGAGCUUUGUCCCUGACCCAACAUGGGAGAACUUCCAGAGGCCGAGCAAAGAGCCAGAUACCCUCGGUUUCGGCUUUCCGAGGUUUGUAUCCCACGAGACCCUUUACAAAAGGGGUUUCAUCAAGGACGACGUACUCUUUUUAAGGAUAAAAGUCGACCCAAGUAAAAUUGUAGCAGUCUAAACCAAACGAACAAUACUAUUUAAUUUACUUAUUGUACAUAAUUUAUAUUCUGUAUUUUUUUUGCACAAUUACCAACAAAUGUGUAUAAAAAACUGUGUUAUAAUUUAACAUGUAUGUCUAGUUUGUAUAAAUGAUCUCAUUUUUAAUACUAAUAAUAUAAACUAUUUAGUACGUAUAGCACUAUUAGUUCAUUUAGUGAAAAGUUUUAAAUAUUUUAUCUUUUUUUAUUGCCAAAGUUUUACAAUCUAGGAAUUUAAAUCACAAAGUGAUUUAUCAUAUUAUAGACUAAAAGAAUAGGU